AACCGUUCAUUGAGGAGCAGCAACACAGCGCCAACACAGCGAACAUGGCAGACAAGAAACAGACCGUGGACCUGGGUUUACUGGAGGAGGACGAUGAGUUUGAAGAAUUCCCAGCCGAAGACUGGACGGGGCUGGAGGAAGACGAAGACGCUCAUGUUUGGGAAGACAACUGGGACGAUGACAACGUAGAGGAUGAUUUUUCCAAUCAGCUGAGAGCUGAGCUGGAAAAACAUGGUUACAAGAUGGAGACGUCUUAGCGGCUAACGAGGCCUUGCAGCAGUCGACGACAUUGGAUAUGAACAUUUAUGUUUGAAUAUUAUCGGUUGACCCCACGCCACCGGAAAUAAUUUGAGGAUAUUAUUUUGUUUCUUUUUUUGUAAGAAAUAUUGAUGGAAGUAAAUUGUUUGGAGUAAACCGUU